AUAUGUAGAUAUAUAGAUAGAUGGAUAGAUAGAUAUAGAUAUCCGUUUAUUCAUAUCCGAUUAAACAUUCAUACACACAAACACCUUCACAAAGCCCGCGGUCACUAUUCCUGCCGUAACCCCGGCCUUCUCCCCCAGCAGCCACGGUGACCUCGGCGGCGAGCGAGUCCCUGAUCCCCCCGCCUCCCCUGGUCACGGAUCAGCCCUACUUCGACUCCAGCAUGUUGACCAACCACACUGCUUACGUGGGUCGCCAGGCGGAGCUCCACUGCCGCGUCCAUUCAAUAGGGAACAGAACUGUGUCCUGGAUUCGGGGACGCGACCUGAGGAUCCUUGCCGUGGGUCGCUACACCUACACCACCGACCUGCGUUACGAGGCCCUCCACCAGGCCGGCACCAACCAGUGGACGCUGAGGAUCAAGUCGGUGCAGCCGCGGGAUCAGGGCCACUACGAGUGCCAGAUCAGCACCAAACCCGUGAAGGCUUUCAACACCUUCCUCACCGUGCUGGAGCCGCGCAUCGAGAUCCUGGGGUCACCAGAUUUAUACGUCCAUAAAGCUAGUAUGAUCAACCUUACCUGCAUCUUGCAUAACCUGCCUGAGCCUCCAGCCUACGUCCUCUGGUAUCACAGCAAUACCUUCCACAGCAACAGGAACAUCAGCUACAGCAGCACUCGAGGGGGCGUGUCCUUAAUCGUGGAAAAGGGACCAACAACCAUCAGCCACUUGUUGAUUCAGUCUGCCAGGGUGGAGGACGCGGGAGUGUAUACCUGCGUUCCCUCCAACCACAAUGCUACCAGUGUCACCUUACAUGUUCUCAAUGGCGAGGAACCGGCAGCCAUGCACAAGAACAGUAGCCUCCCACACACUCGCCCAGAUAAGGACACGAAGCUGCACCGUCAGCCCCCUUCAGGGAAGCCGCCCACUGCCGUGCAGACCAACAGCUCGGUCAGCGCAGCGAGCGUGAAGCAGGAGGGCGCGACACUGCUGGUCGUUGGAGUUGUCAGAUUACUGUGGUUCUCUUGGCUUCAUGUAACCUGAUAAUGUUCCUAAGUCUGUGAACAUCACCGUGAUCAGUCCCUGAACAGUGUUCGAUGAGAGGGUAUCCUUAAUAUCUUCUAAUCACUAAACGCUGAAUAUAACAUAAACUAUGUAAAUAAGAGAACGUUUAUCACAUGUGAAGAUUCUUAACGAAAUGAAACUUUAGAGUGGGUGACAUAGUCUCUUAUGAGAGAUGACUUGUUUAAAGAGUAUAUAUAUAUAUAUAUAUUAACCGUGAUGUCUCUUUACCGUUAUGCCCUGAUUGUAAGUAACAAAAGAGAUAUAGUUUUCGGUUGGAAAAAUGUACAUAGUAAAUGUAUGUCUGUUUUCUAUAUGAUCUUGAUUCCUUAACUUAAUCCAGGCGGACCCGACAACCAAAUGAGAUAUGUGAUUUGCUUAUAAUGUGAAUGAAUGCAUUAAAUGAAGUAUAUACAAACUGUGUUUGUAAUCGCAGAAAUUAAAGAAAACGAAAAUUUUAUACACUAAUGGUGCAGAACAAUAUGUGAAUCCCACACGAACAAAAGAUAAACAAAACCGAUAUGAUAUGCGACAUAUUUUCCCACUGGUCGUGAAAGCGCUUGGAAUGUGUUUCGCAGUUUAGAAAUCACUGAAAUGCCUCCCCCCCCCCUUAAGGCGAAUGUAUUUUUUUCUCUCUCUCCUUUUUCUCUAAUGGAUAAAGACAUUUAUCAUGUGGAAGUCAGGAUAGAUAUCCAAUAUCAUCAUAUUCAAACAUUGCAGAUAACGUAACAUCGGAAUACCUUUUGAUUUUCCAAAAUUGCUGUCUCUCAAUUUCUUAGAGAUAAUAUCGGGA